AUGCUUCCACCAAUGUCACCUUCAUCUUCCACUCCCAUACUGUUGUCCACGCCACCGCGCUCACCAAAGACCAUGCGCACCGCCUCGUUGACGUUUGACGAUUCGGCGUCGGACGAUGGCGCCACACAAUCGCCCAUGCGUCCCGAUGCACACAGCACACUCAAACCCUCCGAGCGCAAGAAACACUUCAAGUUCAUCACCCGCUCGCUGAGGAGGGUGUCGCGAACCUUUGAAAGCGCCAACAACAGCGCAAACAACAGCGCCAACAACAGUGUGGAUAUAGACGGCGCCGCAACUACACAUGCAUCAUCUGGACAGAACAAGCUCAACUCGUCCGACACUAGAGUGGAGCUCAAGUCGAGCAAGUCCAGUAGUGUGGACGGCAACGACAAUGUGCUCUCCGUGCCCGAGAAGAAGAGUCGAAGGGACAGUGUGUUCCUGCGCCUGAUCAACAUAGGCAAGCGCGAUGGUGACACUGUCGACUACAUCACGAAGGACUCGGCGCCAGUGGAAAGCGGUCUGACCACAGUCGUCAGCCAGCACACGCCGCCAUCCUCCAUACGAUCAUCGCCACAUCUGGCGUCGACGCCCGUGCUUGGACGCUCCGAACUGAGCGCCCGCACCACCCUCUCGCCGCCCUCUGAGAGCCAGCUGCUUAGACAGAAGCUGGACGAGGCCAACAAUGAGAUCAACAUGCUGCGACAGGAGAAGUCCGAGUGGAACCGCGAGAAGGACGACCUGAUAAAGAAGGUUCAGGCAUUGAACCUGCACAAUGCGCAGGUCCCAGAUGACACCGCCUCGGUCGAGGCCAGGCCGGGCCGCUCAUCGCCCACCCACUCAUUCUCUUCACCCAACGUCCACAUGACGCUACGACGCAGUGAUGACACGGUGGACGAGCUGGACAGUGCGGGUGGCGGUGCGGCGCAUCUAUCACAAUCGUCGUCUACAGUGUCGGCAACAACCCCCAACUCAUCGCCUCCCACCUCCAAGCGCAACCGGUUCACACUUGCAGUGCCCAAGUGGGAGGAGUCGAUGAACUUUGAUGGAACGCCAUUCGAUCGCCUGGUGCGCGAGCUAAAGAACUCGUCCGAGAUCUUCCCAAUCGAGGACUCGUCAGCAGCAGGUGGUGGCGCGUGCCACGACACGACGGCUGCCGCGCAGCAGCAGACGGCCACCGCACCGACCAGUGACGAGGUGAUCACCUCGACGUUGGAGAGCAGCAACGCACAACAGCUUAGCAGCUCCAACAGUUCACAGUUGUCCGAGGGUGCGCUGGCACGUCGCGAGGAGAAGCGCCAGCGUAAGCUGGCACUGGAUCGAUGUCUGGAGAAGCAACUAUACAAGAUCAUCAACGAGAAUGACGAUGCUUCCAACUCCAGGAUCUUUUUCACAACUCAUGAAUGCAUAUAUGAGUCAUUUGAGAUACUAGACACCUUAAUAUCUAUUUUUAAACACGAGAGUCCUCAGGUUCAAAUGAGGAUAUGUACUAUACUUAAGAACUGGCUGCAGCAAUACUACCUUCCUGCACUCUGUGACAUCAUGUUCAUCGACAAGAUUCGCGACUUCUUGGCCUACAUCAAAGAGUCAAACAAGGCCUACAACUAUGAUGUCAUCCUACGUCUAUGCACAGAGAUCAAUGAAACUUUGGAGUCAAAGAUCACUGAGAGAGGCGGAGUCAAUGGCAGCUACAACCUACCAUUCAGCAUUGUAGCCAAGUCAUAUGUAACAAAGAAAUCGAACCAGAAGAUCAGGGCUGUGCUGUCCACAUGUUUAAAGUCGGCUGAACAAUAUAGCAGAAUGGAGGAAACUGCCAUCCAGAUACGAAGUUGA